UUAGAAUCUGUGUCAAGUGAGAUGCCUGUGUUGUUAUGGAACUAAGAUAACUGUUGAAAGAAGUUCAUGUCGGCUUAACCUUGAGUACACACUACGGACCUUAUCAAUGGAAACCGAGGAAAAUUGUAAAAGAACCAAAACAUACACACAGCAAGAUAACAAAUGAUUUCUAUUUUCAAAUUCAAAGUGGAAUGACAAUUUGAACGUAUGAAAUACGAGAUAUUAAUUAAUUGCAAAUGUUUAUAACAAAGCAGUGACCUCUAAUAAAUAAACACCAAUAUCAGAUAAUAACUGAAGUUAUAUGGUAAAACUAAGCCGUGACCAAUGAGUUGAUUAUAUGGAUAUUGUAAUUCAAUAUGAUGGAUAAAAGAAACAGAGAAGAUAGUAGCAUCAAUGGGAAGGUGGAGUUGACGCAAUACAAACAAACAAACGAUCUUCCGAUAGACGCGGCUGGUGGAGAUAUGGAGCUCCCUGAAGUAGAAAUCGUUGAGAACACAAACCAUAUCAGCACAAAGAGGGGAUAUGUUAUAGUGGCUAUACUGUUCUUCAUUAACUUAUUGAAUUAUAUGGACAGAUUUACCAUUGCAGGUGUCCUUAAAGAUAUACAGGAUUAUUAAAUAAACAAUUCUGAAGAUGGUUUACUGCAGACAGCAUUUAUAUCAUUCUACAUGGUUUUCUCACCAAUAUUUGGCUAUAUGGGUGAUCGAUUCAAUAGGAAAAUAAUCAUGGCAGGCGGAAUCUUCUUCUGGUCAAUAGUCACACUUGCUGGAAGUUUUGUUCCUGCUGAUUAUUUCUGGGGUUUCAUCCUGAUGCGGGGUAUGGUUGGAGUGGGGGAGGCCAGUUACUCGACCAUCGCUCCCACUCUCAUCGCCGACCUGUUUACUGGUGGGCUGAGGACAAGGAUGCUAAUGGUCUUCUACUUUGCCAUUCCAGUUGGCAGUGGCCUUGGUUACAUUGUGGGGUCCAAUGUUGCAGAAGCUUUUGGACAGUGGCAGUAUGCUCUAAGGGUGACCCCGCUGUUGGGGAUCGUGUGUGUGGGUCUCAUCCUCAUAUUGGUAAGGGAACCAGUACGGGGUGGGGCGGACGGGGCCCACCAUCUUGUCAACACUUCUUUCUUCACAGAUCUCAAGGAAAUCGCCAAGAACAAGAGUUUUAUGCUGUCAUCCUUUGGGUUCACCUGUGUGGCAUUUACUGUUGGAGCCCUGGCUCUUUGGGCUCCCAUAUUCAUGCAGGAUGCAAUGUCGGUCCUGGGACAUCCCACGAAGGCGUCCACGGUAUCAUUCAUAUUUGGUGGUAUCACUGUAGCAGCAGGGUUUAUAGGCGUGGCUAUUGGGGCGGAGUCAUCUCGACGGUAUAAGCUCAUCAACCCACGUGCCGACCCUCUAAUAUGUGCGAUGGGUCUGCUAGUGUGUACUCCUUUCCUGUAUUUUGCCCUCGUGUUGUCAGGAAUAAAUACAACAGUAACAUGGGUUCUAAUAUUUUUCGGUGAAGUUGCAUUGUGCUUGAACUGGGCAAUUAUUGCCGAUAUUUUAUUGUAUGUGGUAAUUCCGACACGCAGGUCAACAGCAGAAGCAGUACAGAUUCUCAUGUCCCACUUGCUGGGUGACGCAGGCAGCCCUUACCUUAUUGGAGUGAUGGCAGACGGACUGUCAAAGGGAUACAAGGGGAACCCGAGUAGCCCAGCCAUACAGUUUGUUGCGCUCCAACAGUCGCUGUAUCUGACCACAUUUAUUUGUGUAAUAGGCGGAGGGUUCUUCCUGGCGUGUGCUCUCUUCAUAGUUCAAGACAAAAAGAAAGCUGAGCGCCAAACUAAAGAGCAGUACAGCCUACUAAGAGAGGAUAUGUCGAUGCAGACAGGGGCAGAUAACCCAGCCUUUGAUGAUUUUGUUAACUCCACAUCGUCAAAUCGUUCAUCGGAAAAAACUCCAAUAAGGAACCCAUGAGAGAAGGAAUUUGUAGCUAAGAGCUAUAUGUUAUGUUUGAACUCAGUAAAGAAAUGCUGUUUUAAUCUUGUUCUGACUGAACUGUAGCUAAUGAGAUUGUGUUGAUGUAUUUUAGUUCUUUUGCUAGAGCUGAAAGUGCUGUUUUGUGACAAAAGUAUUUUAAGUGUGUUAGAACAUGGACUGUAUUUUUUUUGUGUUCAUGGAAUGGAGUUACAUUGAAAAGUGUUUUUAAAGUUUUAUUAUAUUGAAAUGUAAGGGCAAUCACUCUGUACAAAAAACAACAACAAAUUUUCCCGCUUUUUUAUACCAAGCUCAUUUUCAUGUUGCUUCAAGGUGGUGGUGUUGUCAAGGUGACAUUAUACACCUGCCUUUUUUGUAGCUCACAUGGUCCUCCAAAUAUUUUGACCCUUGACUUUGUAAAAAAUUGUUUGAAAUUUGUGUGUGUUGCAUGAAGCGUAAAAAACAUUGCACCUAUAGUCAUGAAACUUCAUUGAAAUAUUGGUCAGCAAAGGCUUUCGUGCACAUGUUCUUUUUUUCACAUUUGACUUCCUAUUUCCCCAUCCAGACAUUUAAUCAUUCCUGUGUCCAUGCAGUGUCUGGGGGAAUUUAUCAUGUGUGUAAUAGCUCAAUUAUAUUUGAUUUCAGAAUAACUUUGUUAAAUAAGAAACACAAAUCAUGUUUUAAAUUAGUAUGUUGCCAAAAUGUUAGAAAUUUUCAUGUAAAAAAUUGCAGCAUUGUUAUAAAGUGAAACUUGUUGAAUAUUCUUGUCCAGUAUUUGAUUUUUUAUUAGAUGAUUAUAUUUUUUAAGAAAAAAGUGUGUGUUGUCAUAGUGCUUUGUUGACAUGGCAGUGUGUAAAAACUCAAGAAUAUUGAAGAUAUUACCAUGACUUAAAGUGUAAUCAAUUCAUCAGCAUGAGGAAUCUAUGACCUAAAUGAUUCAAUUUGAUUUAAUUUUAUGGAUAGAUGCAAAGCUGAAAUUUUGUCCAUGGAUAGCAUCAUUAAAAUACAAGCAAAUAUUUAAUUGUUAACACCUUUAGAAAUAGAAAAUAGCAUUGUCUUUUAUAGGUUUAGAAAUAUUUUCAUAUCUUUUCUGCCAAAAAAGGAAUUUAGCAAUUAACAUCACUUCUUUGUAUACAUUGGUUAUGACCUGUGGUCAACCGUGUGAGAACCCCUUUGAAGUCACGUGAUUCCUCAUGCCGGCAUCCGUCAUGUAGGCAUCCAUUUAAUUUUUCUUUUGUUUGUCUUUUGAAUGACAAAUGGAAUUAUGUGCUUACACUGUUUAUUGUUAAGAUUGCAAAGUUGUUUGUUCAUGUAUUUCUAACAAUUGUACAACAUUAUUGAAUGAAAUGAUGAAAAUGUUUUGUAAAUGGAUAAAACGAGCUAAACCACUGAAUAAUAAAAUGUAAAUAGGUUAUUUUGACAGAUGAAUAUAUUAUUUGUCUGAAAAAUUAUUUUCUUUAUUUUCACUUCUCAUUUUUUGCAUGUAAUGUUCUUAAUCGAUGCAAAUUAUUAUUUGUUUAAAGUCUCACAUAACUUAUUUACGAAAUAAAUGAUGGAUUGAAACAAC